AAUGAGAUACUCCAAGGAGCUGGCGGCAGCCAAUGUCCGACAGCCGGAGCUCAACACACGGGAUAAACACAGAGGGACAAUCAAAAGACCGCGCGCGCACUGACUGUGCUUUUUGUCCCAUUGUUUGAGACGUACUGCUGGCCGAAGAUAAAGCCAAGAUGGUGAAGGAUCCAAAAAAGCCAAGAGGGAAAAUGUCCUCAUAUGCCUACUUUGUGCAAACGUGCAGAGAGGAACAUAAAAAGAAACACCCUGAUGCCUCUGUCAACUUCUCAGAAUUCUCCAAGAAAUGCUCUGAGCGGUGGAAGACAAUGUCACCAAAAGAGAAGGGCAAGUUUGAAGAUAUGGCCAAACAAGACAAGUUGCGUUAUGAGAGGGAAAUGAAGAAUUACAUCCCCCCCAAGGGCCAGAAGAAGAAGAGAUUCAAGGAUCCUAAUGCUCCCAAGAGACCACCGUCUGCAUUCUUUCUUUUCUGUGCCGACUUUCGCCCCAAGAUAAAAAGUGAGAAUCCUGGACUUUCUAUUGGGGACACAGCAAAGAAGCUGGGAGAGAUGUGGAACAGCUCAUCUGCAGAAGACAAGCAACCAUAUGAGAAGAAGGGUGCCAAGUUGAAGGAGAAAUAUGACAAGGAUAUCGUUGCUUACCGCACAAAGGGUAAAGUGGAUUCAGGAUCAACUGCUGCAGCUGAUGAUGAUGAUGAAGAGGAGGAAGAGGAGGGAGAUGAAGAGGAAGAAGAGGAAGAGGAUGAUGAGUAGAUUGCAUAGGAAUGGGACCUGAAGUUUUGUUUAUGCCAUAUAAUCCUGAUGUACUCAAUUCACCAUCUUGAAUCUGAUUAAACAAAAACAUGUGUAUAUUUAAUGUUUUUAAGAUGUACAGUGUUAUUCUCCUUUUUUGUAAAGUCAACACUACAUAUCCUAAGUUUGAGAUUUUUCUAGUGGUGGUUCUUUAUCCAUGCCAUAUUAUCAAACUAGGAGGAAUACAGAUCAGUAUGAAAGUAACUAGUCUUUAGGUGUUGCAACUCAAAAAUGAGAUUUCUGAGUUGAUAGUGUAUUCUUCUUUCUUUUGAAAAAUAUUUUUUUUAUGUGCAGUCCCAAUGUCUUUUUAUUGUUCUUUGAAUACCACUAUAUUAUCAAAUGCAGCUGUUGACAUUUAAGAAUGUCUUGAAUAAAGUUUUUUUUAA